AUGCCCCAAGAAGAUCCACCAGGAGCCUCCAGCGUCACCAUCACCGCCCCACCGGCCGUUCCUUCAUGGACCAUUAGCAUGCGGCAGUGCGAUCUCACCAUGUUCGCUGGCCUUCGUACUGAAGACGCUGACGACUGGCUGGACAAUUCUGACCGCAUACUGGACAAGACGUUCGAUGAGUAUGUGGAUCUCUCUCCUGAGGACACUAUCCCAGACUUAUCGAAAAUUUUACUGCGCCCACAAGUGGACAGUGAGCAGCAGUGUGCGUCAACAUCGACUAAGCACAUUGCAGCGAGCAGUAUGGUGGCCAGUGGCAGAGAAGAUCAUGAAAAUGGCCUUGGAAUUUCCUUCGAUCUGUUCCCAACUCGUAAUUUCUAUUCAAGGGUGACCUCACUUCUGCUUGAGAAAUACCGGCAGCUGAAGGACGUAGUAGGAAGUGGAGCUGACUCCUGGAAGGUAGCCUUGCGCUACAGAUUCAAGAAUCAGCUAAGGGUUCUUCCGGGCGAUGGUCGUGUGGGCGAGAACCGUGCGAAGUUUGGGUCACGCAGGAAGGGCAGUGAAGAAACAGCCACGGUGGAGCUCCAGUGGCACAAAGUGCAAAAUAUGGAUGUUGCUAUCUCUACAAUAGCCGGAGAAGAUGAAACAAGUUUUGAAAUGCACACGGAGUGGCUCAGCUGUGAAUCUCGCAAAGGCUCGCCUGAGGAGGAUCGAAUCAAUGAAAGGAUGGCCUUGACAUGUCGCCAAAGAAUUUCUGACAUCACAACAAAUAGUAUUCAUGAGGCAAAGAGGAAGUACCCAUACAUGAUGAGCUUUGAGCGGGACCAGAUCAUUCCUGCAACCCCUUGCAUCGUAUUUUCUGGAGCAGACGUUGUAGAGGCUGACAUUCUCCAUUUCAAGGUGGACCGCGAGAAGUUGCUUGCGGUGAAAAAUGGGGGGGAGGGGCUGGCGGCUGUCUUGUCUGCUUACUGGCUCUUCAAUAUCCAGUACGACCGCAAGCUGUUCAACACUCUUGUCGUGUUGGAGUGCCUUUUCUUUGGGCUCACAUUGCGUGCCCUUAGAGUAGUGGCUACAAAGUUCUUGAACAAGGUCACCAAAAGUGAGCCAUGUUGAAUGUGCUGUUGGCAGUCUUGGCCAUAACAAUAUUGAAGUGGUAACAAACUUUUGAUAACGAAGUGGUAACGUUUGAUAAAAAAAAUUAGGUCUAGCCAACUUCCGCCAUUGAGCCAGUGGAGGCAAGUCAAGUAACCGAAGCAUUUCGGAAACAGUCAAUGCGAUAAUACCGGGAAAGAAUGAAGCUUGCAGAUUUUUUCUGUAUCUUCUUAAUGCGAUUUAUUAAUCCUGAUUGAAACGGAUCCCAAAUGACACUGGCAUACUCUAACGUCGAUCUAAUGUAAGUUGCAUACGCAAGUAGUUUGACGGGUGUGGUUGCAAGCUUUAACUUUCGGCGAAGGAAGCAUAACUUUUUUUUUGCAGCUCCACAAAUUCUCUUUACGUGCGAUUUCUCCCUUAAGUCUUUCGAAAUUGUUAAACCUAGGUAUUUUAUCUUUUCGGCUUCAGUUAGAAUCGUUGAGUUUAUGUCACAAUUACACUCAAUAACAUGUUUUGUUUUGUUUGUAAGGGAGCAGGACUGAUUUAGUUUCGUUAAUUUUCAUUUUACUUAUUAUGGCCCAGACUUCUACAGCUUUAAGGGCUUGACUAAGUGACACCUGAUCGUUUUGUUAUUGAUUUCACGAUGUAAUAAACAGUCGCCUGCAACUAACAGGAUGGUUAUGUCGUUAUUUAUGUGAUGAGCAAUAUCAUUUAUGUAAGCUUGAAAAAGAAGUCCUAAAACGGAUCCCUGUGGAAUGCCAGGGGUCAUGUUUAAUUGGUUAGAUUUGUUACCAUUUAUAUCAGCCUAUUGUGUCCGAUCUGUAAGAUAUGAGCGGAUCCACAUAACGUCAUAAUUUAUAUUCAUUUCCAUCAGUUCUUUAAUUCGUUAUGCACCACCAGAUUGAAAGCCUUCGAGUAAUCUAAAUAAUAGCGUCGACCUGCUUUCUAUUCUUCAAUUGUAUUGUUCUAUUUUUCUAUUUCUAUUGUUCAUA